AGGGAGAAGGAGUGUGAGGUGGAGACAGGGUAGGUUGGGACACAAGGUCCAAUUAAGUGUGUGUCCCAGCUCAGUGUCCUGAGCCCCGAUCCUCAUCUCCCCUGGUAGUGGGGAUCAGCACAGACAAGCAACCAACUGCUGGGCUGUAGGUGCCCCCAUGUUGGAACCUGAGUUGGAGAUUAUCUUCUAAGCAGAUACCCUCUUCCAAACUGGGGAUGUAGGGCUUGGAAACUAGAAAAUGCCAGGUCUGAGGGAGAGGAAAGAACAAGUCCAGCAAUACACAGAGCUCUGUGUAUUCAGAGGGAAGUUGGCAGAGUUGUGUUCGGGCAGAGAAACUCCGAGUGGUACAAAGGAGACGUGCCCAGAGUGGAGAAAUCAUGCUAAUUGUCUGCACCAGAGCUGGAGAACGCCACCCAAAAUGAAGAGAGAAAGGGGAACCCUGUCCAGAGCCUCCAGGGCCCUGCGCCUCGCUCCUUUUGUCUACCUUCUUCUGAUCCAGACAGACCCCCUGGAGGGGGUUAACAUUACCAGCCCUGUGCGCCUCAUCCACGGCACCGUGGGGAAGUCGGCUCUGCUUUCUGUGCAGUACAGCAGUACCAGCAGCGACAAGCCUGUAGUGAAGUGGCAGCUGAAGCGUGACAAGCCAGUGACCGUGGUGCAGUCCAUUGGCACGGAGAUCAUCGGCACCUUGCGGCCUGACUAUCGAGACCGUAUCCGGCUCUUCGAAAAUGGCUCCCUGCUUCUCAGCGACCUGCAGCUGGCUGAUGAAGGCACCUAUGAGGUCGAGAUCUCCAUCACCGAUGACACCUUCACUGGGGAGAAGACUAUCAACCUUACUGUAGAUGUGCCCAUUUCAAGGCCGCAGGUGUUGGUGGCUUCAACCACUGUGCUGGAGCUCAGUGAGGCCUUCACCUUGAACUGCUCGCACGAGAAUGGCACCAAGCCCAGCUACACCUGGCUGAAGGAUGGCAAGCCCCUCCUCAAUGACUCGAGAAUGCUCCUGUCCCCUGACCAAAAGGUGCUCACCAUCACGCGCGUGCUCAUGGAGGACGACGACCUGUACAGCUGCGUGGUGGAGAACCCCAUCAGCCAGGGCCGCAGCCUGCCCAUCAAGAUCACCGUAUACAGAAGAAGCUCCCUUUACAUCAUCUUAUCUACAGGAGGCAUCUUCCUCCUUGUGACCUUGGUGACAGUCUGUGCCUGCUGGAAACCCUCCAAAAGGAAACAGAAGAAGCUAGAGAAGCAAAACUCCCUGGAAUUCAUGGAUCAGAAUGAUGACCGCCUGAAACCAGAAGCAGACACCCUCCCUCGAAGUGGUGAGCAGGAACGGAAGAACCCCAUGGCACUCUAUAUCCUGAAGGACAAGGACUCCCCGGAGCCCGAGGAGAAUCCAGCCCCGGAGCCUCGAAGUGCGACAGAGCCCGGCCCACCCGGCUACUCCGUGUCUCCCGCCGUGCCCGGCCGCUCGCCGGGGCUGCCCAUCCGCUCCGCCCGCCGCUACCCACGCUCCCCAGCGCGCUCCCCCGCCACCGGCCGGACGCACACGUCGCCCCCUAGGGCCCCGAGCUCGCCCGGCCGCUCGCGCAGCGCCUCGCGCACACUGCGGACUGCGGGCGUGCACAUAAUCCGGGAACAGGAUGAGGCCGGCCCGGUGGAGAUCAGCGCCUGAGCCUCCUCGGGACCCCCUGCGAGGCGCCUGCGGUCUGCGGCCGGCGGCCUGGGGGAGGGCUGGGAAGCCGGGGGGCGGUGCGCUGGGGGCGAGGGGAGGUCCCGGCCGGGCGCUGGUGUCUCGGGUGUGGACGUAUGUGAGCAUGCGCAGACGGAGGCGAGUGCGCGGCAGUGUAGACGGGGUGAAACCAGGUCGCUUCUGCUUCCGGUUUACUGGCUGUGUUCUCAGUUGGUAUAGGUUGUGCCCUCUUAGAACCACAUAGAUUAUUAAAUUUCUGGCCCAGUACCCGAAAGGGUUUUAUGGAAACUAACAUCAAUAACCUAACCCCCGUGACUAUCCUGUGCUCUUCCCAGGGAGCUAUGAGGUUUCCCACUCAUCACCCGUCCCUCUGAACAAAUGUCUGAGUUCUGGGGCACGUUUUUGGGGGGAAGUUCAGAUUAGAGAGGCCACUUUCCCGAAAUUAAUAGCUGUACUAAGCUAAGGAGAAGGCAUCUGGCUUCUGGGUGUGCAGGGGCUGUUCUGAGCUGGGGGAUCAUUGUGAAAGACUUUUUGCCUGGGCACCUGGUACCUGGGAACCUACAAGUUGGUGAGGGAAGGGUACAAGUACAUUUCUCUUUUUUGUUUGCUUUGAGACAGAACCUCGCUCUGUCUUCUAGGUUGGAGUGCAAGUGGUGCCAUCCUUGCUCACUGCACACUCCACCUCCUGGGUUCAAGCAAUUCUCCUGCCUCAGUCUCCCAGGCAGCUGGGACAACAGGCACCGGCCACCACACCCUGCUAAGUUUUGUAUUUUUAGUGGUGACAGGAUUUCACCAUUUUGGCCAGGAUCGUCUUGAUCUCCUGACCUCAUGAUCCACCAGCCUCGGCCUCCCAAAGUGCUGGGAUUACAGGUGUGAGCCACUGCGCCCAGCUCAUUUCUUUUCCCUCUGACCUGGGCCCUAGCAAGGGCAAAGAACUAGAGCCUGCCAGCUUGGCCUCCUCCUAGAGCCUCCUUCAGAGGCAUGCCAUGCCAAGCAUUCUUUCUGUCUGUUCCUGAGUAAAAGAGUUGGAUGGGCUUAUUCGUUUAGAGAAGUGAAUUCCACUUAGUCCCCUGGCUCAGAAAUUCUGACCAAGUGAGGAAUUGUUUUAGCUCAUCAAACUCAUAUCUUCAUCCUGGCUUCCUUACAAAAUAAGCCUUUCAAACAAUCAUUGUCCUCAGGAAGGUUGUUGAGCUUCCUCCAGCUGUGAGAAUAAGUCCUAAUCUCCAGAGAAAUGGUGGGGGGAGGAGGAGGCUUAUUGCUUCCCAGCAUUUCAGGGAAACAUGAUCCAACCCCUGGCCUCCUGCCACCUAUCUGCCCUGCUCCCACAUGCUCAGAUCCCAGGGAACAGAACAAGGGCAGACUCCCUAAUCACACUAACAUAAGAAUAAAGAGGCCCAGCCACUGUGUAGCCAGGCUGUGCCCAUGCCACCACCUAUUGAACAGUUCAUAGGAGGAGCAGUAAUCUACUGUGUGAGGAGAGAGGGCAAUUAAAAAGCUGAAAGAGAAGGGGGCCCUCUGUGUAUUCCAUCCUCUCCUCCUGAAUGCCUCCAAGGGUCCUUGCAUCCCUGGCCCCUCCCCAACCUCCUAAACUCCAGAGCUGAUUCUCCAGCAUUCCAUGGAGCAAUUCCAAGACCCCCAUUACUCAUCACCUCCACACCAGGGCACAUUUUUGUCUCAGCCCAAAGGCACUGACAUUUCUAGUUUGCCCCCUCUGCCCUGACCCCAACAGCAUGCCUCUCUCAGCUCCCUGUCCCUAGGCACGUCCCCAGGCUCAUUUGAGCAGGUGUGCCUUUGCAGCUCCCCUAAACUUCCCAGGUGCCUCAUCCAUAAUGAGAUAAUGCAUGUAGGGGAAAGUUUCUCAGGAAAGUGGAAGAGGCAGGACUUGGAGGAGGAGUACCUGCUGGUCAACCUUGAGAUGCACAGGUGACGGUUAGGAUGAGAUGAGAGCAUGCCAUUCCCUGGUGCUGAAUCCCUGAGGGGCCAGCUUCCCAGGCUUAAGCCAAAUCUGCCUUAAAAUGGGGGUAGGGAGGGGUAAGUACAGAAGUGGGGUUUUUUUUGUUCGUUUUUGUGUUGUUUUGAUCUUCAUCUUUGUAUUCCUAGCAUCUAGCAGAGUGCCUAGCACAUACUGGAUGCUCAAUAAACUUUUGACAAAAUGAAA